CGUAAUUUUCCAGUGGAGUGGAGGUCCCUCCAGGUCUGCUCAUUUGUGUGAGCGCAAUUUUAGGUUUAAUAAAUUGAUGACAACCAAAGGCUCUCCAACUCGUAGAUUGAAAGUCAACCUUGUUGUUCUGUACUAGACAAGUGAUAGCUGAAACUGAAGUUGGCAUUUGCGGUGGUUCCUCAGAACCGAUUUACUGGUAGCAACAUAGAAAGAGACGAUUACACACAUUGUUGAUCCAGCGAGUGAAGAGAGUCCGGCGGAACAAUGACUCGGUCUUACGGGCGCGUUGUUUUUCGCUUUGUUGCGGCUGUUGCAGUGAUACUGGAAUGGUUUUUUUCGUUUGAUCUCGUCAUCGCACAGGAUGGUUCGUGGAAGACUCUCGUACCAGACGCAGGCAUUUCGUCAAUGCACACUGCUAUCACCCGAUACGACACAGUUGUCCUGCUAGACCGAACAAACAUAGGACCGUCACGACUGCUUCUGCCGAACGGGAGAUGUCGAACUCAACCUUUGGAGCGGAUUUCUAAAACCGACUGCUAUGCCCACUCUGCGAUGUUCGAUUCGAAUUUGAACACCGUGCGUCCGCUGUAUAUUUUCACCGACACAUGGUGUUCGUCCGGGCAAUUCAUUUGGGACGGAACCCUGGUCCAAACAGGAGGUGAUUUCGAGGGAACCAAAAAAAUACGUCGGCUCGUCCCUUGCCAAGCUACCGGGACGUGCGACUGGGUAGAAAGUACAACCGAGGAACUGACUGUCGGUCGUUGGUAUUCCUCAAAUCAACUGCUACCCGAUGGAAAGACCAUGAUUGUUGUUGGUGGUCGCAAUGCUCCCACCUACGAAUUCGUUCCAAAGAGGUCUCCAGGAGAGGGUGUGUUUCCCUUGGAUCUUCUUGGAAACCCAGGCUACGACAACUUGUAUCCAUACGUCAAACUCAUUCCAGAUGGCAACUUGUUCAUAUUUGCAACGAAAGACUCGAUUCUUCUCAAUCCCACGACUGGUGCCGUUCUGCGAAAGUAUCCCACACUUGUCGGGAACAGUCGCAACUACCCAGCAGCGGGUUCUGCAGUGCUGCUGCCUCUCUCUCAUGAAAACGGGUUUCAAAUCGCUGAGGUGCUUGUCUGCGGAGGCGCUACAAUGACGUGGAGUACUACAGCGCCAGCUUCGAAGAGCUGCGGAAGGAUGGAAGUCACUUCCCCCACACCGCAGUGGUUGAUGGAGGACAUGCCCGUCGGGCGUACUAUGGGUGACAUGAUCCUCCUGCCCACCGGCGAUGUCUUGAUCAUCAACGGAGCUAAGGCAGGUGCUCAAGGAUGGGGAAUAGCUAGAGACCCUGCGUUCCAACCGUGUCUAUACGCCGCGGACGACCCAGCCAACAGAUUCCAAUUGCUCGCCCCGACAACUGUUCCAAGAGUGUACCACAGCACCGCGAACUUGUUAUCCGAUGGCCGAAUUCUGCUUGCGGGCAGCAACACCCACCAGUUCUACACUUACAAUGAUACACUCUUCCCCACCGAGCUGAGCUUGGAGGCCUUUUCACCUCCUUAUCUGAAUAUCAUUUUUGACAGCAAGAGACCGACGAUCAUUGGGUGGCCGAAAGUGAUGACCUACGGAUCCGAUUACCUCGUCACAUUCACCGUCCCUUAUACCAAGCAGCCCAGGGAGAGAUCUGGCAGAAACCAGUGGCAGGACCUAGUGGAGGCAAAGCUCAGCAGCGCCCCAUUCGCCACUCAUUCAUACGCAAUGGGACAACGGCAGCUGAAGCUGAAGACUGUCCCGCUAGAACGCCAAAAGUCGACGAGUCGGGAUAUUGCGGUGACAGCGCCUCCGAACAGCAACGUCGCACCUCCGCAGUACUACAUGUUCUUCAUUGUAAACGGUGGCAUUCCUGGCAAGGCCCGAUGGGUUCAAAUCCGCACAUGAUACUGACCCACACCAUGCUCUGCUUGCAUUAUUGCAUUCCUCACCCACAUCUGAUAGUUGUAACUGAUACCAUCCGCGCUUCCUCUAGAGGAUGCUGAUUCAUCGAUAUCGACCGGUUAACCUGUGCAUGCUUAGGGUUCAGGGUUUAGCUAGCGGUGUUAGUUAGAUUGAUCGGCGACCGCUAUCGCUCAUGAGACUAGUAUCUGGUCCCCCCGCACAUUGCCGAGGACGGUGGUGCUGUCGAUAUUCUGACACCUGACCAUGCCCAGGCUGGCUUUAUGUUUCAAGGUUGCCACACAUUUCUUCUCCAAACAUUGCCUCGAGGAUAAACACACCUCACCAUUCAUUGUCGUUGUUUUUGCUUCUUGUUCCGCCGAACUAGCAACUGACAACCGAUUCUUUUCUUGUUCGUCUUCUCCACUGCGUAUUUUUUGGCUUGAGCCUACUGAUGGACAAUUUUAGAGCACAGUGUGACAGAAGAAUAAGUUUGUACUUGAGACGUACACAUUUGGAAGUGUGUUUUCAAUACUGUAGGAUUGGAGAGUAUUACUGUUGA